AAAUACAAAGUUCGGCCACUUUUUGGAUCUUAAUAUAGUCUUUAAUGGGCCGCUCAUCCACUACUUAUUGUUAAGGGAGGUGGAAGAUGAAAGGGUUGAUCAUAUCAGUUUCAAGAUAGGGGAAGUUGUGUGCAGUUUUGGUAGGAGAGAAUUUAAUAUGAUGACGGGUCUAUGGAGUUCUCAACCAGAGCCUAUUGAAUUGGUUGGGAAUAGUAGGUUGUUGGAGAAGUUCUUCGAACAAAAAAAGUGUAUUUAUAUAAGUGACUUAGAGGACACAUUUGUGGAAUACGAGGGGGAUGACGAUGACGAUGACAUAGUUAAAUUAGCUCUAGUGUACUUUAUAGAGCUGUCAUUGUUAGGAAAAGAUAGGCGGACGAAAGUGGACCGAACUUUAUUUAGGAUUGCAGAUGAUUGGACCACAUUUAACAAUUACAAUUGGGGAGGGUUGGUUUUUGGACGUACACUUUCUGCCUUAAAACGAGCCUUGGACAUGCAACAUGCCAAGGGAAAGAAUAAAUCAACUAAGACAAAAUAUACUGUCAUGGGAUUUCCGCAGGCGUUACAGGUUUGGGCAUAUGAGUCUAUACCAACCAUCACUGAAUGUGGUGUACAUAAAGUAAGCAACGAUGCAAUACCACGAAUGCUGAGGUGGGUGUGCGAACUAUCGCCGAAGUCUCAUGUCCUACAGAGCAGGUGUUUGACUCACCAAUGUUCUUAA